AUGCCCGCCGCGGUGGGGCCAGCCAAUGGCGCUACCGCCAGCACGUCCAAAUCUACCUUCCUAUCCGCUAAUCAUCCACUCAACCUUCGCAAGCAGGCGCAACCCAAGCUCGACUCGAGCUUCAGCGUAAAGACCUACAUCGGCGCCGCCAACGCUUUGCUCGACAAAGCAAGAGCAGCAGAUGCACAGGACCAGAUCGAGGUUGCCUUUGUCAACUACCUGAAAGCGGCCAACGUCGCCGCUUUCAUCGCAAAACACGAUGACUGGCCCAAGAUCGCCAAGACGCGCAGCUCCGUCUACCAAGCCUACAAUGAGCUCAUGAAGCAAGCUCCUGCCUUUAUCGAACGUACAAAGCGUCUAGAGUCGCAGCUCGCCAUCCGCGAAGAACGCAAUGCUCAAGCCAGUGCCGAGAUGGCAGCCGAACAGGCGCGCAAUGCACAACUUCAGCGUCAGUCUCAACCACCAGGUGACUCGGCUCUCCGCAGCCAGCCUCAAACCACUGCUAGUGCUCCUUCUGCCGCGCAUUCGGACGAAGACCAUUCCGACCACGGCACCGACGCUGAGCCCAUCGACGACCACCACGCUACAGGUAGACGCACUGGAAGCUCGUUAGCAGACCGUCUUCAGGCUCUUCGCAAUUCAACCACAAGCGACUCUGCAGCGCUACGCAGCCGUGGCCGAUCCGACAGCGCCGCCUCCCACUCGGGUCUGUCGACCACAGCUGCUUUCUCUACGCACCAACUCGACCAAGCAUUGCCUGACGCAUCUGCCGCCCAACCAACUUUUCCCGAUGUACCAACAGCAUCCGAAUUCAGCUCGGCCUAUCCUACCAUCGACCAGUUCGAGAGCAGUACCACACCACAAUCACCAGAAACCUCCAAUGGCAGCCAUGAGACGGGCUUCCCUGCGCCACCGACACAUGCCGUUGGCAAAGCCAAACGUCCACUGCCCGCGCCACCAACUGCCAGCUCUACCAAUGUAGCACGCGAGUUUGCCCUCGCACGCGACGUUCCAGAACCUUUCGAUCCCACACACCAAGCAGCAUCGUCCGUACAACCGCAUCAGCAGCAGCAUCAACAUCGUCAGAUUGAUGGUUUGCCAAACCAGGACCCUCACCGAUAUAGCCUGCAGCAACACAGCUCGCGUUACUCGAGCAGCACUGCAGUGCCCACACAACAGCAGCAACACCAGCAGCACACAUCGACUCCCGUGCACGAUUCAGCAUCAGCAACCGGCGCUUCCUUCAACGCCACACCGGAACCUCGUUCGCUCAUGGUCGGUCCCAAACCAGCCUUGCCCAUGAAGAAUCACAUCUCUGUCGAAGAGCUCUUCGGCUAUCUCAACCCAGGCUUCCAAGAGUUCACCGAUGCCGAAGGCAAACGCAAAAUCGGCAAAAAGAUGGGCCUCGACGUGCUGUUGCUGGAUGUACGCAGCCGCUCCGAGUACGAGGCUGGUCGGAUUUCGGGCGGCAAGACGGUCUGUAUUGAGCCCAUCACGCUCCGGGAGGGUAUGAGCUCGAAAGACAUCGAAGACAAGCUUGUGCUCUCGCCUCCAGAUGAACAGUCGGCUUUUACUUGGCGCAAUCGCUUCGAUCUGGUGGUGCUGUACGACCACAAUCUUCGAUCACUUCGUGGCAGCACCUCGGCUGAUAAGAUCCCGCAAGAUCCAACGGCACAGGCUAGAAUGGACAUCUUGAUUCGCGCCAUCUACGAGAAUGAGUUUACAAAGACAUUGUCGCAUCAACCGGUUCUGUUGGUUGGAGGAUUCGAGCGAUGGUCGCAGAAGUUGGGCGACAAGUUGGUGGUGCGAAGCAGCUCGACGAAUGGUGCAAACGCGCAUGUUUCCAGGACCAGCAUCUCCUUUGAGCCGGGGACACGCUUUCCGACAGCCGACGAUCCAAGCAUUCGUGGCGUAACUGCCGAGCAGGCACGCGAGCAGGAGCUGAAACGCGCUAGAAGGCAGCAGCAGGUGUUGGCCGACGGCGUCUCUUCGCCAUCGACGUCAGCGUCGGUGCCCGCGUCUCCAUCCGAAUCGUCGAGGACGAGUAUGCAGCCUGGAGGUAUCUAUCCGAGUCGAGCGACAAAUGGCGUCCAUUCUCCGUACCUGGCAGGAUCGUUCGAUGGCGGAUACGCGGCUCCGUCGCUUCCGGCACGCGCAUACCACGGUGCACCCUCGUUGCCACCUGCGGCAGCGCAUCGGCCUCCUUCGCGCUCCAACUCGUCAUCCACAUUCGACUACCCGCAACUCAAGCCCAGCGCUACCAACUCGCCGUACGGCAUGAUGACGGCACCACAACCUCCACCGAUCGCGGCAUCGUCAGCUACGCCGUCGGCCGCCACCACAAGUUCGCGAGAUCGCUCGGUUGCGUCCACGCCAGCAACGCUGACUCCUGGCGUCGGAUCAGCGGCGGGUAACGAUGCUUCGCGUAAACGAGUCAUGGCUCCUAGCUAUGCGGGACAUGUGCAAGCGUCUCGCGUCUACUCGACGCCGAACCGCAACAUCGAUGAGAUCAAGAUCGGUCUCACGGGUCUCAAGAAUCUGGGCAAUUCGUGCUACAUGAAUUCGACGCUUCAGUGCUUGUCGGCGACGAUCCCGUUGGCACGCUUUCUGCUGGAUGGAUCGUACAAGACAGCAAUCAACCGAACGAAUCCUCUAGGUACGCAGGGGCAGCUGGCCACGGCGUUGGCCGGAUUGGUGCAUGUGAUGUGGGGUGAGAAGUACGCGUUUGUUUCGCCGGUGACGUUCCGCGAGGCGAUGGCGAGGUUCGCGCCGUCGUUUAGAGGGUAUGAUCAGCAUGAUUCGCAGGAGUUCUUGGCUAUAUUGCUGGACGGAUUGCAUGAGGAUUUGAAUUACGUCACAACGAGGCCGGCGGCGAUCGAGAUGACACCGGCGCGGGAGAACGAGUUGGAAACGUUACCGCAGCAGAUUGCGAGUAUCAAGGAGUGGGGGAUUUACAGGAUGAGGAAUGACUCGUUGGUGGUGGAUUGGUUUCAGGGACAGUUUAGGAACAAGCUGACGUGUCUCACGUGCGGCAAGACGAGUACAACGUACGAGGCGUUUACCUACUUGAGUCUGCCGGUGCCGAGCGGGAGGGGCGUAGGCAAGGUUGCGCUCCAGCAGUGUUUGGAUGCGUUUGUUCGGGAGGAGGUGUUGGAUAAAGGUGAUAUGUGGAACUGUUCGCGAUGUAAGAGACCGCGCAAAGCGACCAAGCGUCUCUCUAUAUCAAGACUUCCAAGGGUGCUGUUAAUUCAUCUCAAGCGGUUUUCGUUCAAAGGCCCGUUUACGGACAAGAUCGAUACAACGGUCACAUUCCCCGUCAACACAGCGUUGGAUCUGACGAAUUACAUGCCGCCUCCAUUGCCGCCCGGUGCUGCCGCUGCUGCAGGCGUAAAGGAGAGCUUAAGUCAACAGCCUCCGUACUUGUACGACCUCUACGCAGCGACGCAUCAUUUCGGUAGCCUCAACACGGGCCAUUAUACCGCAACCGUUAAGAGCGCUAACGACUGGUGGUAUUGCGACGACAGUAGAAUCACCAAGGGCGACACAUCACACUUGGCAGAUAAUAGCGCCUACGUUCUCUGGUUCAGGCGCAAAUGA